CCAGGGCACGAAGGGACCAAGGAUCCUCUCGUCCUCUGGAAUCUUCUCACCAGAGACGCCCAAGUGGACACGGCUGCUUCUGUUGUGGUUCUCGCAGCCAUGACUCUGCCCCACAGCCCUGGAAAUGUGGGGGAGCCCCAGCCCCCCCAGGCCGUGGAGGUGCACAGGCUGGAACGCCGCCACGAGGAGGAACAGAAGGAGCGGCGGCAGCACAGCCUGCACAUGGGAUCCUCGGUGCAGAGGCGGACCUUCCGCAGCAGCGAGGAGGAAUACCAGUUCAGCGCCGCAGACCGCGCCCUCGCAGCCGCCUUGGCUCUGACGGCCUCCUCCGAGAUGUCGUGGGAGGCCCAGCUGAGGCGCCAGACCUCCACCGUGGAGCUGGAGGAGCGAGGGCAGAAGCGGGUGGGCUUCGGCAAUGACUUGGAGAGGACGGACAUCGCCUACCUACGGACCCAAUGGCUGCUGCGCCAGAGCCGCGAUUGGAAGGCGCUGAGGCGGAGGACGGAGGAGAAGGUUCGGGAGGCCAAAGAGCUGCGGGAGCUGUGUUCUGGCCGGGCGCCCUGGUUCUGGAUCCCACUGCGUUCCCACGCUGUCUGGGAGCGCACCACGGUCCUGCUGACCUGCACCAUCCAGGCCUCGCCUCCACCCCACGUCACCUGGUACAAAAAUGACAUGCAAAUCGAUCCGCGCCUCUUCCCUCCCGGAAAGUACCGAAUCACCAACAACUACGGGCUGCUGACCCUGGAGAUUAGGAGAUGCACCGUGGAUGACACAGCCACCUACACGGUGAAGGUGAAGAACACCUACGGCCAGGCCUCCUCCUUCGCCAAAGUCCUCGUCCGCACUUACCUGGGGAAGGAUGCCGGCUUCGACUCAGAGAUCUUUAAAAGAUUCACAUUUGGCCCCAGCGUGGAAUUCACAUCAGUGCUGAAACCAGUCUUUGCCCGUGAGAAGGAGCCCUUCUCCCUGAACUGCCUGUUUUCAGAAGAUAUAUUAGAUGCGGAGCAGAACAUUCAGUGGUUCCAAGACGGCAAGCUCAUGAGGCCUUCCGGACGCCGGCAGAUCCUCUAUGCAGACCGCCAGGCAUCCCUGAAGGUGUCCUGCGCCUAUAAAGAAGACGAGGGGUUCUACACGGUCCGGGUGCCUUCGCCCUCUGGGCCCCUGGAGCAGAGCACCUACGUGUUUGUGAGAGAUGCUGCAGCAGAGAAUCUGGGGGCCCCAGGCUCCCCACUGAAUGUCCUAUGCCUGGAUGUGAACAGAGACUGCCUCAUCCUGACCUGGACCCCACCCAGUGACACUCGGGGCAGUCCCAUCAUCGGCUACUCCAUUGAGCAGUGCCAGGGCAAGUCUGGGCAAUGGGUGCCCUGCCAUGAAGCCCCCGGAGGGACCUGCCGGUGCCCAAUCCAAGGCCUCAUCAAAGGCCAGAGCUAUCGAUUCCGGGUGAGAGCCAUCAGCAAGGCGGGCAGCAGCCUCCCCUCCAAGGCCUCAGAACCGGUGGUCAUGGUUGACCAUGAUGAAGCCCGGAGGAUGACAGAGAUCCCCUUUGAUCUGGGGAACAAGAUCAUGGUCAGCACAGAUGACUUGGAAGACUUCGUGACCAUCCCCUCACCCCCGACCAAUGUCCAUGCCAGCGAGAUCCGUGAGGCCUAUGCGGUUCUGGCCUGGGACGAGCCCAGACCCCGGGGCAGAGCUCCGCUGACUUACUCCCUGGAGAAGUCGGUCAUAGGUAGUGGCACCUGGGAGGCCAUCAGCACGGAAGCUCCUGUGAAGUCCCCGAGAUUUGCACUUUUAGACCUGGAGAAAGGGAAGUCGUAUGUCUUCAGAGUGCGGGCGAUGAACCAGUAUGGCAUGAGCGACCCCUCAGAGCCCAGCGAACCCAUUACCUUGAGGGGAAAGCCAGCUACUCUCCCUCCUCCAGCUAAAGUUCAAGCUUUCCGAGACACACAGACCUCCAUCUCCCUGACCUGGGAUCCCGUGAAAGAAGGCCCAGAGCUCCUGGGUUACUACAUCUACUCCCGGCAGGCAGGAUCAUCUGAGUGGCAAACAGUUAACAACAAACCCAUCCAGGGCAGCAAGUUUACGGUUCCCGGGCUAAAGACUGGGAAGGAGUAUGAAUUUUGUGUCAGAUCGGUCAGCGAGGCUGGGGUAGGUGAGAGCUCGGAGGCCACUGAACCCAUCAGGGUCAAGCAGGCUCUAGCUACACCAUCUGCCCCAUAUGACUUCACCCUCCUGAACUGUGGGAAAAAUGACAUGGUCAUUGGGUGGAAACCCCCCAAGCGCCGUGGAGGUGGCAAGAUCCUGGGCUACUUCUUGGACCAGCACGACUCAGAGGAGCUGGACUGGCACCCAGUCAACCAGCAGCCUGUCCCUACCCAGGUCUGCCAGGUCAGCAAACUUCGUGAAGGCCACUUCUAUGAGUUCCGUGCCCGGGCGACAAACUGGGCAGGUGUCGGUGAGCUGUCGGCGCCCAGCAGCCUGUUUGAGUGCAAAGAGUGGACGAUGCCCCAGCCAGGUCCCCCGUAUGACGUUCGGGCGUUCGAGGUGCGGGCCACCUCCCUGAUGCUGAAGUGGGAGCCCCCACUGUACAUAGGGGCCGGGCCAGUCACAGGCUACUACAUCAGUUUCCAAGAGGAAGGCUCUGAGCAGUGGAAGCCAGUCACCUCAGACCCCAUCUCUGGCACCCAUCUGAGGAUUUCUGACUUGCAGCCGGGGAAGAGUUACUUGUUCCAGGUGCAGGCUGUGAAUUCGGCCGGUCCUGGGCAGCCGUCCAUGCCCACCGACCCCAUACUCCUGGAGGACAAGCCAGAUGCCCCGGAGAUCAAGGUUGGCGUGGAUGAAGAAGGCUUUAUUUACUUGGCUUUCGAAGCUCCCGAGGCCCCCGACUCCUCAGAGUUUCAGUGGUCCAAGGACUACAAGGGCCCACUGGACCCCCAGAGGGUCAAGAUCGAGGAGGGAGAUAACAAGUCCAAGGUCAUCCUGAAAGAUCCUGGCCUCAAGGAUUUGGGGACCUACUCAGUGGUGGUCACUGAUGCUGAUGAAGACAUCUCAGCGAGCCACACGCUGACGGAAGAAGAGCUGGACAAGCUGAAGAAGUUGAGCCACGAGAUCAGAAACCCAGUGAUCAAGCUGAUCUCGGGCUGGAACAUUGACAUCCUGGAGCGAGGAGAGGUGCGGCUUUGGCUGGAAGUGGAAAAGUUAUCUCCGGCCGCUGAGCUGCAUCUAAUCUUCAACGAGAAGGAGAUCUUCAGCUCCCCGAAUCGCAAAAUCAACUUUGAGCGAGAGAAGGGCCUGGUGGAAGUGAUAAUCGAGAACUUGUCUGAGGAUGACAAAGGGUCAUACACAGCUCAGCUCCAAGACGGGAAAGCCAAAAACCAGGUCACCCUGGCCCUGGUGGAUGACGAUUUUGACAAACUUCUGAGGAAGGCAGAUGCUAAGAAAAGAGACUGGAAGAGAAAACAGGGUCCCUAUUUUGAGGAGUUCUUACAGUGGAAGGUCACGGAGGACUGCCAAGUGCUGCUGACCUGCAAGGUGACCAACACCAAGAAGGAAACCCGCUUCCAGUGGUUCUUCCAGAAGAGAGAGGCGCCGGACGGUCAGUAUGACCCGGAGACUGGAGCAGGGCUUCUCUGCAUCGAGGAGUUGUCCAAGGAGGACAUGGGAACUUAUAGAGCGAUGGUUUCUGAUGACCGAGGCGAGGACAAUACCAUACUGGACCUCACCGGGGAAGCCCUGGACGCCGUCUUCACUGAGCUGGGCAGGAUUGGUGUCCUCUCUGCAACCCCACUGACAAUCCAGGGCACUGAGGAGGGGAUCCGGAUCUUCAGCAAGGUCAAGUACUACAACGUGGAGUACAUGAAGACCACCUGGUUCCACAAAGAGAAGCGCCUGGAGAGUGGUGACCGGGCGAGGGCUGGCACCACGCUGGAUGAGAUCUGGCUCCACAUCCUGGAUCCCAAAGACUCAGAUAAGGGCAGAUACACCCUGGAGAUCGCUGCCGGGAAGGAGGUCCGCCAGCUCUCAACCGAUCUCUCAGGGCAAGCCUUUGACGACGCUUUGGCCGAGCACCAGAGACUGAAGGCCCUGGCGAUCAUCGAGAAGAAUCGUGCCAAGGUGGUGAGGGGCCUGCCAGACGUGGCCACAAUCAUGGAGGAUAAGACCCUGUGCCUGACCUGCGUCAUCUCAGGAGACCCCGCCCCUGAAAUUUCUUGGCUGAAGAAUGACCAGCCUGUCACCUUCCUUGACCGCUACCACAUGGAGGUGAGGGGGACAGAGGUCACCAUCACCAUCGAAAGGGUCAGCAGUGAGGACAGCGGGCGCUACGGCGUCUUUGUCAAGAACAAGUAUGGCUCCGAGACGGGCCAGGUCACCAUCAGCGUGUUCAAGCAUGGGGAGGAGUUCAAGGUGCUGGAGAAGAUGUGAUCAGGCACAGCCGGAGGUCUAGUCUACAUGGAUCAGUAGGGUCAACCAGUGGGUCACAGCCUAGCACAGGCCCCAGCGGGGGGGUGAGGGGGAGACAGAGGGAAAAGGGAUAGGGUGGAAUGCGGGACACGGGGGUGGGGUGGAGUGGAUACACCACAGUGGAACAGCAAAGACCUUGCUGGGGUCCCACGAGGCCUCCAGGAUAGUGGGAUCAGCCCUGGACUUGGAAUAAGACACUACAUGCAAGACCCAAUUUCAACUCUCCACUCUCCAUGAGCCUCGCCUUUCUCAUCUAUCAAAUGGGAAUUCCUACUCCUAGGGAUUGUUUAUGAAAACUCUUUAUAAACCGUAUACCAGUGGCUCUCCACCUGGGGGACAAAAAGCAAUCUCCAAAUUUUUGGUUGUCACAACUGGGGGUGUCUAUUGGCAGAAGCAUCUAUUGGUAGAGGUCAGCUCCCCACCACAUGGAAUUAUCCAACCCCAGAUGUCAAUAGUGCCAAGGUUGGUUUGCCCUGCCAUAAAGUGAUAUAUCACAAUAUCCCUCUUUUAGGAUUCUGUAUUUUCCACUCAUGUAAGUUUGACAAACACUCAUUUGAAGUCUAGCAUGUGCCAGGCUGAGGAUGGCAUUGGGAACACAAAGGUAAAUAAUAUUCAGUCCCUGCUGUUGAGGAAGCUUCAGCCCAUUGGGAGAGUCAGACCUGGGUACAAAUGACUCCAGGACAAGGCAGAUGAUAAGGUGUAUAAAACAGGUGCAAAUAAAGUGCCACUCAUGGUCGAAGGAGAGAGAUGCUCGUCCCAAGAAAGAGAAAGAAGGAAGGUUUUCAAACACCUUCACGGAACCAGCAGAAUUGAGUUGGACCCUGAAAAAUGAGUCCAACUUGGCGAUGGUGGUGGGAGGAAGACAUUUAAGGAGUGGAGCAUGGCGAGAGCAGAGGCGAGGAGGUGGGUGACGCUGCCUUGGCAGUGUUGGAUGCCAGGCUUGUGAGCUGGAUGACCUUCAGGACUCCUUCCAGCUCAGGGUCUCUGCCUGCUGUGACAGAUACCAGUUGGCCUUGCUUAAUGGACCUCAAUUCAGUACUGGGCAUUUCACCACCCUCCAAUUGCCUUCUUUUUUAAAGUAAAAUUUGGAUUGGGUAGGGUUUAUUAAGUUAUAGAUGUAUGUUGUAAAAAAAAAAAAAAAUUACCCCUCUACUCUUACUUUCUCUCUAAAAAUCAAUAAAAACAUAUUAAAAAAU